AUACAUAGCUAAACACACCAUUUCUUCUCUUCUCUUCUCUUCUGAUCUUCUCUUCUCUCUUUCUCUCUCUCUCUCAACCAUGGAUGAUUUCCUGAAAGAAAUAAUAAGCUUUAUGUCUGCCCCUCCCACCGAGGAUACUAGUACAGUCACCUCUCAGCCACUCCCCACCAAUGCCGCCAACAACCCAAGCAUAAUCUACCGAGACUUUCUACCCAUUCCUUAUACCAGUGACCAACCUCAUCAGACCGCCAUGUCUGGCCCUGCAACUCGGGCUCCAUUACUUCCUCCCCCUGCUACCACUUUGAGCUUGAAUGUUGGCCCUACCGAACCACUUCGGCCCAAGGUCCGGUCCAAAAAACCCACCUCGAAAAAUGGUCCUCUCUCUGAAGAGAAUCGAUACAAGCGCAUGAUGAGAAACCGAGAGGCAGCUAUCAGAGCCAGAGAAAGAAAGCAGAUUUAUAUAAAUUAUUUGGAAAAUGACAUUGUUAAAUUGGCUGAAGAGAAUGCAAUACUGAGACGAACAAAACUACAGAUGGAGAGAGUGGCUGCUACUCAACGGUCGAAAAAGUCCACUCUUCACCGAACUUCAAGUGCUCUAUUCUGAGCUUCUGUUCUGACAUAAGAACAUAUAUAUAUAUAUAUGUGUGUGUGUAUUUAGACAUCUCAAUGUCAUGUAUUGAGUUGUUAAGUGUCUUAAUAUAAAGUGUACUUUUGUUUUUCCUAAGAGGCUGGAACUUAAUAUAUUGUGAGCCUCCCUUAGUAGUAUCCCGUUAGAAGUUAUUAUUAUUAGUUAAGUGUUUGUUAUUUUAUGUUUUAGCCAGAUGCUGCAUGUACUGGAACGUAUUUAAAGCUAUGUAUGCAUAUUGGUCUCUAGAUCUUCUAUUUUAUUAUUA